AUGCCGAUACUAAGGGACGGAUCUAGUUUAUCGACUGCACGAGGUCAGGCGGCUAGGAGACAAGUGAUCCGUCCGUUUGUGUGUUCGACGUUUCGAGACUUUCAUGUUGAAAGAGACUUUCUACAAGAACAAGUAUUCCCUAAACUAAACAAGCUUUGUCGGGAGCGGGGGACAUCUUUUCUUCCUGUAGAUCUGCGAUGGAACAAAAGCCAGUCUCAACAAAACAGCGAACAUGUUCUUCGCAUGUGUCUAGACAGUAUUGGCCGCUGUGCUCCGUUUUUCAUUUGCCUCUUGGGGGACAGGUAUGGUGUACAUCGUGCAGCUGAAUCCGAGAUUACGGAUCCUGCUACUGAAGAGUGGCUUGACAAGAACUUUGAAACAGCUGCUGCUUGUGGAUACGAUUGGGUGCUGGAAGACGACAACAGGUUAGUACGGUUAAAUAGAAGUUUAUGAUAUGUUUUUUCAACUUUUGACAUAGACCAGUUCAGGGGACAAUCCGUCAAAACCACUGGAGAGAGCGCCUUAAAAUUAGUACAGUUGCUAAAACGAGCUCAGAUAUAGCUCCGCAAAGAAGUAAAAAAUUGCAGACUUUUUAUUGUUGGGCCGCAAGUUUGUACCCCCCAUCCUUCAAACAUUUGUAAAGUUUUGCGGCUUUGAGGAUCAAUAUCCUCCUUACAGUCAAGCCAGGUCAAGCGUACUCCCCCCCCCCAAAAUUCCAUUAAUGAAUUUAUUAUUCGAAAGUUGAGUCCGUUGGCAGUCAGUUGCAGAUUUCGGAUUCAUCUCUGCAUUCGUGCAUGUGUCAUGAGCCGUGAAUUCACACGCGAUUCAGUUUCAAAAUUUCUACCAGCUCAGCUUCCCUGAAUUUGAUGUAAAUGUCUUCUUAGGAUUUUAAUCCAUUCAAAGAUUUUCAAUCUGACCAAAUGCAGAGAAGUUCUUGUAAAAUAUUCACUGCUCAUUAUGCAUGCAGGAAUUCCGAUUUGAAUUUGACACUAGUUACAGGAACGACUAACGGCUUCAUUUUUCAAAUAAUCAAUUCAUUAAUGGAAUCUUGGGGGUAUGCCUGACCUGCUUUGACUGUAAUUUUCAACAAAUCACUUUCAAACUUGGCAAAGUCACUAAUGUCGGGCAUUUGUCAUUUUCUUUUGGAAAAGCUGCAAAAAGCCCCAGGGUGGGGCCAAGCAGUUCAUACAAAAACCCCCCAGAGUGUGCAAAUGCCCUGCCUCACAGUCAACACCAAAAUUGCGAUUUCCUGUAAAUAAGCUGUAGAUGCUGUAUUUAUAGAAAAUCUGUAAUAUAAUUUCUGGUCCCAAUUUUACAUAAAGCACCCUUUGCAAAUCGCUGCUAGCUACUCGUUAUAAUUAUUGCAAAAAAGAUUAAAUUGAUCUGACUAGUAUCAAUAGAGGGUAAAGGUGCACAGGAGCCAAAGGCCCAAAUGGCUGAAGCUUGUCCCGGUUUCCAUAGCAUGAAGCAUGCCUAGGUAGGAGUAUUGUUACUCCCCCCUGGACAAGAUGCUAGUUCAUUGCAGGAUCCAGAGUUUGAAGUGUUAACUGCUCAGCUACACACCAAUGAUUAUGAUAGAACUGUAAACUAGAAUUUUAACAAUACCUUUCUUAUUUUUGAAGGCAUUUACAUGUAAAACAGUGGAUGAUAAAAAAACAAGUGACAAGCUUAACAUUAGUAUUUUCUCAUCACGAUCAAACUGUUCCGUCAACAUAUUAAUCAUCACAUUGAUCACACAAACCACAAAGUUUAUACUAGCAUUCAAAUAUCUCGCUGAGUUUUUCUAGGCCUUUCUGCCUCAACCAUUUGCUCACAAAGAAAGUGUCUUUUCAUUUAAACUCUUUAAACAAUGUCAUGAUUGUUUUUUCUCCACGUGCAAACUGAUCACAAUAAAUUAUUGCGGGAAGCAGUUUCUUAUCUGGAUGCAAAAAAAACUGUAGGGUAGGGUGGUGAUGGAGCAAAAACCACACGUGUCUUUACAUUGCAUAUGUAUUAAAAACAUUCUUUAUAGAAAUAUCUAUCUAUAGCUAUCUAAAUAGCCAUAUUUUUUAAGUUCAAAUAUUGAAAAAGGGACAAUGUUAAUCACCUCUAGAAGAAUUGAUGAUUUCCCCACCCCGGGGCAGAGGUUUUCUGUCAAAUUCCCCACCCCUGGGACUGGCAAGAUGACAAAUGCCUGACAAAUACCCAGGGGGAGGGGAGGGGGAUGGGCAUGCUUGGAAUUGACUGAGCCAUUAAAAAGGGGCAUGUAACAAGAGCCAGUAGAAUAAGUGACACUCUUAUUUGUUGCUUAGCUUCAAAUGCAAGUAAUUUUUUAUGUAUCUCUUUAUAUAAACUUGAACAGGGCCACUGGUGCGACUCAAAAACUAUACACUAAAAGUAAUGUUUUCAUUUUUGAUAUAGCAUAUGAACCAAGAACCAAGUUGGACCCCUGUGUUUUAAAUGUGACCAUUGAUUGGUUUAUUAACAUAAGCCCCAAGAGUGACCAACAUCAAAUUUCUCCAAACAAUAUCAAUACAUAAUCUUGUAGAAAGGUUACAAGAAUAAAUAAUAUAAACAAAAAAAAUAUGAUUUAUUUAUUCCAAAUUGCCUGCAAAAUUAUGUGAUUACCUAUUCUAAUAAACUUGACUAAUUUUUCAAGAAAAGUAAAAGAGAUCAGUUGGGAGAAUUUGUAUGUGGAUAUUAUUGGCACUUAAAGGGUUAAUGUUUGGUUCCAAAAAAUAUCCAUACCUCCCCCAUGGAAGGGAUUUUUCCUUAGACCCCCACUGGCCACUGGCUUUACUUGAAAUUCCAGUAAAGCUUUGUAUAUAUUAACUUAAGAUUUUGGGCCUUUGAGAACCCCCCACCCGCCAGGAAUUCUCAAUCCCUUCUUUGGGGGUGGUAUGGAUCCCAGGGGGGGUACUCCCAUUCAUUACCUAUACGGGUAUGUGCCGCCCAACGGGGUUGUGAUUUUGAAGCUCCUGAUUUAGAACGGGAUAUCUAUUUCAGAGGCGUUUUCUAGAACGGGGUAUAAAAAAUUAUGGAUCACGGCUUUAUCUUCUGCUUAAAUUGUUGCUGAUUAUGAAGAAGCAUUUAUUUGAUGUAUAAGUCGAACAAAUAACAAAAUAUCUUUUUAAAAAAACAGGGCUAUUUCAAUUUACAAACUUUCUGGAACGGAGUAUAAAAAAUUGGCCCAUUUCUAGAACGGGGUGUCAGUUUAAGGGCGAAUUCUAGAACGGGGUAUAGAAAAUUGGCUCAUUUCUAGAACGGGGUAUCAAUUUUAGAGGAAAUUUUUUUUAGAACGGGGUGCCAAUUAGGAGUUCCGGGCGGCACAUACCCACCCAAAAAAUACCCAAGUGCCCCCCCCCGGGUAUGGAUAUUUUUUGGAACCACACUACACUAGAAACAACAAUUUCCAAAUCUCAGAGCAAAAAAGGUGUAAAGAGGUGAGGGACUAGACCUCUGGGCCAUUAACAAUCCUCUCUUGGGAAUGUGUAACAGCUUUUCUGUUAAAAUGUAAUCAAACCUCAUUUUACUUUGCUGAUAAAGUCUGAGCAAUUCAAACAAAUGUUUAAUUUGUUUUAAACCCCUUUUUUGCUCUGAGUUUUGGAAUUUGUUUUUGCUGCGGAGCGACCGUAGGGAGCGAGCAGCAACAUAAUCAGGAUUUAAGGGAAAUAUAUAAGGGGCGACGAAUUCUCGAAUUCAUCACUUUUUACCACAAUGCAUUGCAUUUAACCACACUUUUUACCACAAUGCAUUGCAUUUGACCAGAGUGCAUUGCGCCACGAACAACUCAAAUUAAAAGCACGGGGAAGUUCGUAUCGUUCGCUGCCCAGACUCAGAGUUUUCUUUGUAGCAAAUUUUCUGCAGCACGGUUACAGGUCUUACCAAAUUUAAGACACGCAGGAGUCUUUCAGAUGAGUACGAUGGUUAACUUGGGGAUUGAAUUUCAAUUCAAGAGCCUUUAAUUUGAAACGUCCAGGUGUUAAACCUGACGAGAAGAUGAGCAUUUGCUCGCCGACUCCGCAACACGGGGGAUAUACAAAUUCAAGCUUGGUAGAAGGUGAUUAUGAAAGUGAGAAAAUGUCAUGCCAUGCUAUUCUUAAGAACCUGUAUGAGCCGAAAAUGGAUGUGAUUUUGACCAUUCGCUUCCAAAUAACAGCGGAAAUCGAGAUAACAAAACAUGUGUUUUGUGUCCUACAUUGCAGACGAAGAUGUGUAUCAGCGUUUUGAAAAGCAUAAUUAUGUUCUUUCAUUCAUUCAUUGCCAUGGAAUAUGCGUUUAUAUUGUGCUUUUACUGUUCAUAGCUCGAUUAAUGCGGCUGGCGAUCAUCUUGCCGGCGGAAGUUUCAUGGAAAAGGCAUUAAAUAAAAGACUUUACCCAAAAUUACGUAACCAGUCUCUGUGGUGUAGUGGUUAGAUGUAGUCACGUCGAGCCGAUGGUGCCGGGUUCGAGUCCUACCGAACUUUUUUUUCCCUUCUUUCUUUUUUUUCUGUCUUUUGUGUUGUUGUUUUCUUAAAUAUAAAGCUAAAUAACUGUUACUUAAUAAAGUGCAAUAAACAGCAAGAAAAGUAUCGUGUUUCCAGAGAAAAGGUAGUACACCGUUUAUUAAAUAUAUGGAUAAACAAUCUGAAUUUCUAUCAUUUCCUACAAUUUACUGUGGGAAAACCAGAGCUGAUAACCACUUGAUCAUUUUCUAAACAACGUUACCACGAGUUCUUUCUAUAGACUGAUAGUAAUUAUUCUAGUACUUUUCAACAUGUAAAUAGGACAUUCAAUGUCUUUUUCGAUUCUUUUAAGUCUCACUGCCUAACUAAUGCCAGUAUCAACAGAAUGUGCCGCAGCAUUACUAUCUUUUAGAUACCCUAGUUUAUAAUAUGACUUUAAGUUUGGCUUAUUAACGUUUGGGUGAACUUGGUUGAGUUCCAUGCAACGUUACUCCCAGGGUAUUCAAUCAAUGGUAAUUGUUCCCCUGAAAGGUAAAUUUUGAUCAAUGAAAAUUAAUCAAUAGAAUAAGUUAAUAAUCAACUAUUUACAGGGCUGUCAUUAAGAGGCGGGGGCAGGAGAUUCCCCCAGCUAACUAUGAAUGUGGUCCCAGGCUACUUUCAUAGGAAAAUAGAAGAAAAAUAGAGCUAAAAGAAAUCCCUACAUGUAACUGUUUGAUUCCUUGCCUACUUAUUGACCCGGCAACUUGGAAUCUUAGUGACAUCCCUGAUUGAUAUUGAUUGAUAUUGAUUAACCAGUGAUUGACCAAAAAAUCAAAAAGUCUUGCAUGAAUUGCCAUUGCCUAUUAAUUCAUAACAAGUACACGUACAUUGUGAUCAAUGACAACCAUUGGAAUAUCAUUGAAAUCAACAGUAAUAUUUGAUUAAUUAACAAAGGCUCCUCCUCUCUAAAACUUUUCACAUGCAGGUCAACAAUAUUUUUUUGUUUCUGCUCUGUACAUAGGUAUAACAGUAUCACUGAGUUGGAGAUUGUGCAGGCUUCUUUCCGCAAAAAGUAUGACUAUGGCUACUUUUACUUCCGGGGCUCUUCACAUGUUGAAGAGAAGCUUCAAGGCAUUGAACCAUCCCGAAAGGACAACAUUUUGUCUCUUUACAAACCUGAGAGUGACUAUGCUGCUAGGAAACUGAGAGAACUUAAACAACAGACAAUUGAUACAGGUUUGUUGGAGCUUGUUACAGUUAUAACAGUGGGUCACUGAAAACUGUUUUUUAGUGGACAAAGGCAUCAGUGAGCCUGACACAAGAGUUUGUAUCUCCUUAUAUUUUCUUUAAAAUGAACCUGUAUUUCACAGACGUAUCUAUCACCCCAUUGAUGGCUGUGCCAGCCAAAACUGGCUGUACAAGACUCCACUGCUUUAAAACAUUGCAACUUUCUCAAUUGCACAAACAUUGCCUUAACUAUCAGUUGUGAGAAUUGCGUAGAAAGUCCUUCAAAAUGGAAUAUCCAAUAACUGCAAAAAAGUCAGCGCUUUUUGCAGAAUAUCACCUUUUGAAUUAGGACAGGAACAAAAAUGUCAUAGAAAAACAACAAAAUCACGUUUUUUGACUUCAGGUUUUUUCUGACAUCAUCAUUGCAAAACCAAAAGUUAACAUUGUCCCAGCCUAGAAUUGAUUUUUUUCUUCUUAUUCAUUUCCUUGGCCGAGCCACAGCCUUUUGUUCUAAUGCAUCCUGGCCUUGCCUCAAUUUUCAACAUCACAACUGCAUUGCAUGAUGAGAGAAUUGCAUGCCAGAAUUUUUGACAGUGUUUGUUCCUUCCCCCCUCUUUUUUUUAUAUUUGUACUUGUACUUGUCCACGGCCACUCCAACCUCCCACGGAAAUUUUGUGCUUGUUGUGAUUUUCAUUUGUAGCCCUGGGCUAUCGGACACAACUUUCUUUGCAUGCUGAGCACCACUUUCCACGGUAACCACAGAGUCACUAAAUCCUUUGGAUUGUUUACAAUUUUUUAUAUACAGAAAAUUACUUGAAAUUGUAAAAUGUUUCGGUUGUCAAUGGGUUAAUUGGAAACUGCUUGGAGUCUUGCUAGUAAAGGUUUCACUGUUUUAUCAGAGCUUACCAGACAUGGAAUUCUGAACUCUAACAUUUACAGGUACAGUAGCUUGCAUUUCAUCACUGCUUCAGAGCCUCCACAUCACAGUAUGGCUUCCUUGUUUGUUUCCAGCUACAAUGUACUGCCGUAAAUUCUGAACAUCCCUUCUUGUACCAUAGUACAUGAAUACAUAUUAUUGCCAAAAUGGCUGAUAAUGAUGCACACCUUUAGCCCUCCUGCUGGAUGUGGGAUAGUGUUUGAUGAAGUCACAGUUGACAUUGACAACUUUUCUGUUCCAUGUUGUGGUUUCAGAGUUGCCAGUCCGUCAUUUUACUACUGUUGCUGAGCUUGGUGAUCUGCUGCUAAAAGACUGGAUUGCAGUCAUUGACCUCUGUUACCCACCAAUUAGUCCCGUUAUAUUCCCAAGUGUAUACUCUGAGGUAUUCCGUCAGUGGUCUGCUCAUGAGGCUUUUGCUAUGGCUCGAUGCCAGGUGUUUGUCAGAACACCAAGGAUUAGAGAGAUGACUGAGGUAUUGAACCUUCAUGCUGAAGUGGAACAGGGAAUCAAGAGAAGAUCCAGUAUGGUGGUGCCAACAGCAGUGUUAGGGACAUUUAUGACCAGUCUACCUGGCAGUGAGAAGGAAUCUCUUCCCCCAAUAUUAGUGUUGGUAGGUAGGUAUAUUUCCAGUUAUUGAGGAGCGCACAGAGGAGGUAAGCACAAGAACGUGCAUGGCACAAGUUGCAGGACCAGGACGGGGGUGUGGUGGUGGGGGAGGGGGAGGGGGGGGCUUGACUCCUAUUCUUCAUGACUCGGGCUUCAUGCUCUUCUCAUUCCUGCCUCCAUUCUUGUGAAAAACACAAAAUUUUAGGAACCCUAGCCCUCUUUACCUGAAAGUAACAAACCUAUUAUUAAUUAAAAUAGCAAACCUUGAAGACUGUGUGUUUAUCGUCAGUAUUUUGAAUUUCUGCAGGUGAGAGUGGAUGUGGAAAAUCCGCAGUGGUAGCUCAAUGGCUAAAGCAGUUUACUGCCGUUCAUGGCCAGGUAGUCACCAUUCCUCAUUUUGUUGGCUGUGAUUCAGCCAGUACUGAUGUCACCAACUUCAUGCGCCGCUGUACAAGCGAACUACGGCUUCAUUAUCUUGACUCUGAUUUUGAUGACCUCAUUGACAACCAAGACCUUUCUGAUGUCAGGCGUAUAACACAGGCAUUUAGAGCAGCUCUGUCUCUAGGUGAGCUGAAAAUAGUGGAUCUUUAGAUUCAAUGUUCUACACGUUUUUCAAUUGCAAGUGUAUGAUUGAGUUUGUAAUAAGCUGUCACACACUUGUCUACUGUCUUCUGUUUUUCUUACUACUAAUGAUUGAUGGCAAAUAGUGAAAAGUGUUUGGGCUAAACCCAUCCUUGUAUUAAACCACGUGCAUGCUUUCAAAUGACUAAAGUUUAUACAGGUUGCUUGUCCAUGUAGACCUUAGCCUGCAUGGCAGGCAUUCGAAAAGGGAAGGGGAAGGGAAUUAGGGCGCGCCCCACACGCUCUCGCGCGCCCAAAUUCCCCCUUCCCCUUCUAACGCCUGCCACGCAGGCUAUGUAGACCUGCGCGUUCUUUUAGCCGUUAGUACAUCUCUCUGUAUCCCAGUUCGCCAAGUGGUUUCAAUGCUUUUUUCACUUUCAAAAUGGCCAGGGGAGAAACCUGCUGGAAUGCUCCAUGAGUCCUGGAGUAUUCGUCUAGUAAGACGUACGGUGCUUUCUUUCAUGGCCAUGUAAAUGGCGCGAAAGCGUUAUUUGUCGCAUGGAGCAUUACGGCAGUUUUUUUAUUUGUUUCUCAGCUGGUUACUUUAAACGUUGGUUUUGGUUCUUAAUAGCCAUUUCGUGACGCCGUUACUGAUUUCCCCGCGAAAGGAUGUCUGAGGAACGAGCGCAGAAAUUCCAUACUGAUGACGUGUCACUACCCAGAUCCGGGUGAUUGGUUGAAACAACUUUCCCAAGCGGCACAACCAUUCAGACGUACUACCCAGACCCGGGUACUGACACACCGUCAAUAUGCAAUUUCUGCGCGCAUUCCUCGGACAUCAUUUCUCGGGGAAACUAGUGAUGGUGUCAGGAGAUGUCGACUGUUUUCUAAAGCUAGGUUAUUAAUCGAAUCCUUUGUUUAUAUACCUAUCAAUUUCUGUAGGCCCGUCAGUUAUCGUUUUGGAUGGAGCAAAUCACUUAGGCCACGCCUUAGACCUUGCAGCGUUUACAGUAAAGGAGAUGCAAUGGCUGCCCUCCUAUGUUCCAGUCUCCUGCAGAUUCAUAAUCACCACAACAAAGUCUGAUAUAACAUACAGAGCGCUCUCACAGAGGAAGGACGCUUAUUGUGUUGAUAUACCACGACUGUUUGACGUCCGGGGGAAGAAUGACUUACUCAGAGAAUAUGUGGGCUUAAACUGCAAGUACCUAGAUGCAGCUCGAACUUCUAAGAUUACAUCCUCCACUCUAGCACAUUUGCCUCUGUUUUAUGUCGCACUCGCCUGUGAAUUACGGAUUUUGGCCGCCCAUAAGAAUGCAGAAAGAUUGUUCGAUUCCUAUGUACAUGCAUCAACAUUAUUUGAUUUGUGGAGUUUGAUAUUUCGCCGUUGGACGCACGACUACGGCUGGCUACGACCAGCGGUUUCCCGCAGUCCUGUACCUGCUAUUAAGACCCAAGUGUCACGUGAUCGUAUGAACAGUGGUUGGGUUGCUGAUGUUCUCAGGCUUUUUGCCCUGUCACGUGAAGGGUUAUCUGAAAACGAGGCUCUAGGUGCUUUAAAAGUCAUGGGUUAUUCAAAGAACCACGAGGUUACUAAGGCACACUGGGAAAUGUUUCGUUUGAUCGCAGAACACGCGCUGAUUGAAAUGCCUUCUGGGUUAAUUACCUUCUCUCAUCAGUCUGCCCGUAGUUCGGUUGAAAUAGCGUUACUUGGCAACCUAACAUCUCCGUCCCAAGAGCGCGCGAUAUCGCCUUUUCAAGAGACCUGGGAACGACAGAAGCAACAGGGUCAUACUGUACUUUCCAGCUUCUUUUCCCUUCAACUCUCUUCUGAACGUAUGGUUGAUGAGUUUCCAUGGCAACUUUAUAUGAGCAGUAACAUGGCUACACUAAGCAAAACUGUGUGUGACCCGAAAGUGUUCGUAAGGUUAGUCAGCUCACGGAGCGAACAACGGAGACAAAUCGAUUUGCUCCUCUACUGGAAAAAGUUGAAUCUGAAGGGUUAUAAGCUUCAUGAGGGUCUCUAUGAAAUGGCAAUCAAGGCCGAGGAGAGACUAUGCAAGGAGGCAAAUGACUUGAAACACAGAGAUGUGAAAUCUGCGUCUUCAAAGGCAACAGAAAGUUCAGCUGUUGACGAGCUUUGUCGAAAAGAGAAAGAUGAGCAGCUAUCUCAGUUGGAAGUUGCCCUCAUUUGUUAUUUCGCGGGAAAAUUUCUCUUAGAUAACGGGCACGAUAUGAUGGCGCAGAAUCUUCUUUUAAACGCUUAUAAGAUGGCGUACCCAGUGGUUUCAGUAGAUGAUAUUUACUUUCUGUGCGAUAUACAGGAAUCACUGGGGAAUUUAUAUGUCAAAUCUGAUUUGAGCAAAGCCGUGUUUUGGUUCAACGGUGCAGUGAAGUCUGCUGGAGAAGUAACGCAUAUUCCAGAUACGGUAAGGCCUUUGCUCUCUUUUCACACUCAUGUGUCCAAGACAGAUGAUCAUCAAAGAUGAUCAUAUCGCUAAGAUCAACACUUGUCACAAAACUAAAAAGUUUCCAGAGUCGCAUUCUCUAGGUUGGCUUCUGCCACUGUACACUUCAGCAGCUUAUUUGACUGUAACUAAGUGAACGUCCUCUUGUAGACGGUCAGUUUGAGCAGGCUUCAGUUCACUUUCUAUCUUUAAGGUGUCCGUCGAAAUAACUGCUCGGCUACUUACACUAAUUUGCCUUUUAGGUUCAACACUCAACUAUGAUCGGCCGCCUUCUGAAUCAAAUCGCCCUCUGUCACCUGCCAAUUCACGUGACUCUCCCACCAGAAGUGCAAGGUCGAUCACGUGCCUCUACGCGGACUGGAAGAGUUAAGACGUCGAAUGUGACAGGGAAAGAAACAGGGGACGACACAGGACAAGUUAAUGUUGGCGCCAUUUUGGACGAGGCUAUGAGACACAUGAAGCUUUCUCAAGUGUAUCCAGGUACGAUGGUGUUAUUUGAAAUUUUUUCACUUCCCUAAACUUCUACUUAAAGAAAUCACCGCCAGAUUUACCACAUUUUAGGGGUAAAUCUACGCACUUACAGUAAAUUGUAGAGUAUGACUUUAUCUCUCCCGGUUGUCUUGAAAAUGGCCAAGGCUAAUUUCCAGACCAUCCAUGAGUGCUGUUUGUUUUGAUCUAAGUGGGUUAAAGUUGGAAAAAGAUUUUCAGCUCUACCACGACUAAGGUUGUGUUUUUUCCUUUACUUGCUUGAAAUCUUCCAGGUCAGAGCAGUGUCUGUUUCCACAUGGGUUUGUUAGCAGCUAAACAACGACGUUCAGAAGAUGCCGAGGCGCUGUUUCGCAAAUCUCUUAAAAUGCGAGAGGAAUGGUACGGCUCGUCCCACCCUUUGGUGGCCGAGAUUUUCGACGCGCUAGCCUCACUUGCGUGCUCAGAUGCAUCAGAUUCCCCGGAUGUGGCUGUGGCAGAGGAACUGUUUCGGCGAGCUCUAUACAUGCAAGAGGAUCUCUUGGGGUGUUCACAUUUGGUGGUAGCAAACACUCUGUUCAAACUAGGUGGGUAUCAGCUUGGAUCACGUACGAAGGUCUUUGGCUUCGCCUUACACUGUAUUUGAGAUCUUUCAAUAUCGGAGAUUAAUAAUAAUGUAUAAAACAUUUUUUUCUCGGCUUGUAUCAUUUAUGGAUUUAAUCAGCCUAAUAAUUGGGAGACUACAGCUGAUUAAGACGUAUUAAAACUAGCGAGUCAGUAAGAAUGGUCACGUCUGUUAGAUAAAACUUGGGAAGCGUCACUUUGCCUGUUUAUUUUAAUUUAUAUUAUAAUUUUUGUAGACAGGCACAGUGAUUUUUUGACAAAUAAUUAUGGUGAGUCAUUGGACUCAUCUUGUGAAAAAUCAUGAGUCCCAGUUAAAGAAAAACGUAAUUGUUUCAUCAGCAAAGCUGAAGGGUGUAAAACCGGGCGUUUUACAGCUACACAAACAACUUAAUCUUGUUGGGUACUGUGUCAAGUCCAGUCGCGCAUGUUGUGUGCUCUGGAAUGAUAUAUUACGCCUGAUUUCAGUAGAAAGUGCCUGAGGGCGCCAACUUUACUUGUCUCUGGCUUGUUGGAUGAAUCUUGAGACGGAUGAUUUUUCAGUCAAUGAAACAGGCGGCUCGGAAGAAAAAAAUCCGAGCACUCCAAAAAGGAGUCGAACGUAUGAGCUUCUGGUUACUAGUCCAGAUGCUCUACCGCUAAGCUACAGUAGACUCGUGGAAGUGAAGGCCAAUAAACUAGGUUAUAUGAAUCUUGAUCGUGAAUAGGAACCUACCUCUUACCCUAUAGGAAGAUAGAAGGGUGGGUACAUACCCCAAUAUUGGUGAUUACCAUAGAAAAACAAGUUAUUCUUAUCCGAUACUGCGUUAGGACUUUUAACCUCCAUUGUAGAGGUAGUGCUUGAAAUUGUCGAUGUAAAUCCUCACUUCAUUCUACAGGCAGGCUUCUUCAAGCUAAGGGCAAAAAAGAUGCAACAAGGGAAGCAAAGCAGUUAUUCCAGAGGGCGCUUGACAUACGUACAGCAAAACAAGGAGUGUAUCACGUGGAAACCAAACUUAUCAGGCGUGCGCUUAUGUCACUGGAAACAGUGGACGUGUCUGCGAAAUUCUGCGGUAAAGGAACCGCGAUAGAGAAAGAGUUACGUGCGUUAGAUGGCGUGACGAGUCGCCCAUUGACCAAGUCAUCUUCAAGGAAUCUUGACUUUCGCCAAGAAAGUGGUUCGUAA